AUGACUUCAACCACGACCACGACCCAGACGACCAUCGACAAUGAAGCCAAAGUGCUCAAACCCGUCACCGCCACCUACAACGACUGGCGCGACGACCUCCUCCGCGACGGCUACGCCAUCGUCAAAUCCGCCAUCCCGGCCGAUAAAGCCUCGCAAUACCGCGACCGCGCCCACUCCUGGCUGACCUCGUUCGACACGCCCCUCUCCCUCAACGACCCGCGCACCUGGACCGCCGCCAACCUCCCCGUCCAAUCCAAAAUCAACACCUUCUCCGCCUACUGCGUCUCGCACGAAGCCUUCAUGUGGGACGUCCGCCUCGAGCCCGGCGUGCUCGGCGCCUUCGAGCUCCUCUGGGGCACCAAAGACCUGCUCGUCUCCUUCGACGCCCUCAACAUCACGCUCCCGCCCCACCUCCGCGCCGACGCCGCCGCCCACCCCGCCAAAGCCGCCUGGCCCCACGUCGACCAGAGCCCCCACCGCUCCGGCGCCUGCUGCGUCCAGGGCGUCGUCAACCUCGCCCCCAGCGGCCCGCGCGACGGCGGCCUCGUCGUCUACCCCGGCUCGCACGCCCUCAUGGAAGAAUUCUUCGCCACCCAGACCAACCCCGCCGACUGGUCCAAACGCGACCUGUACAUGUUUUCGCAGCGCCAGCUCGAGUGGUUCGCCGCCCGCGGCUGCGCGCCGCGCAAGGUCGACGCCGCCCCCGGCGACCUGCUCCUGUGGGACAGCCGCACCGUGCACUGGGGCGCCGAGCCGCAGCCCGGCAGCGACACGGUCCGCACCGUCGUGUACGCGAGCUACGCGCCCGCGGCGUGGGCGAGCGAGCGCCAGCUGGCGGAGAAGGCCAAGAUUUUUUCAAAGUGGGCCGGCACCACGCAUUGGCCGCACGACAACAUCGUGUAUCGCGAGGGGCGGGCGGUGCUGGAGGACGGCAGCGAGGAUCCGCGGAAUAGGACAGAGCCGAGGGAGAAGCCCGUGCUGAACGAUCGGUUGUUGAAGCUGGCGGGCGCGAGGAGGUAUGAUGGGAGUGAGGUUGUGCCCGCGGUAUGA